AAAACAACGUCGCCAUUAUGCGUCCCGGCAAUUGGCGUAGCGUGCUGACGGUAGUUAGGUUUCUUUAUUAUAUUUUGGUAAAUAUUGCGAAUCAAAGUGUUUUGAAGCUGUUUUUUAUGUAAUUGACCAUGGAGAAUUAAGUCUUCCCAAGAUUCUUACAGAUACUUAGGUAGAUACAGGUAUUUCCUUCAUGGAUAACUAACAAACGUCAAGCCAGCGCUCGUCAUGUCCGCCACGUCACCCCUGUCGGCAAAGACACCGGUACGAGUGAGGCAGGGCCGGAUGGAACCGGCCGACAUCGGCGAGGGUCAGCGCCCGUCGCUAUCCGAGGCGCCCGCAUAUGGUCGGGACGACCUCACUGCCUUGCACAAUACUGCAGAGGGCGACUUUCAGGGACUUUUAAUAGUGAAGGAGGAGAUCAAGGGAGAGAUCGAGGAAGAAAACGAGGAAGAGAUCGGCAAGGAGCGGAAGGAGGAGGUCUGUUCACCAGAGGCUGAGCUGCCAUUCCUUCCACGGACACCAGACGAGGAUCCUUUGUCGGUCAGCGCUCUGCAGUCUCUGGUGAAGGAGGAAAAGUUGCGGUGUCAGUUGCCGUCAUCGUCCGAGGACUUCAUCGGGUUCACUGAGGUGCACCGGGACAAGACGUCAAAGCCCGUUCCGAAGGGCUCAGAGCUGCUGGUGUACCACGGAGACGACUCGGCCCGGGAGCUGACCGUCCACUCGGAGACGUCUGGGGAGUCUGUGACUCCCUCUCCGGCCGGACCGUCAUCCUCAGGCGGACAGGCAACUGUCGGUUGUCCUCACUGCGACUUCAGCUGUCUGGGACAAGAUCUUCUGAACAGGCACGUCAAGGAUAAACACGGUCACAUCGGCAAGGACGGCAAAUUGAAGUGUCAGUGGUGUCAGUACUCUACGAACCAUUCCGGCAGCAUGGCAAAGCACCUCCGAACGCACACGAGAGGGCGGCCGUACCGCUGUGAUAUAUGUGGGACGUCGUUUUCUCAACCUGUUCGGCUGAUCACCCACCGCCGUAUACACACGGAAGAGCGGCCGUACCGCUGUGAUAUAUGUGACAAAGCGUUUUCUUUACAAAGUAGUCUGACCACCCACCGCCGUAUACACACGGAAGAGCGGCGUACACACACGGGAGAGCGGUCGCACCGCUGUGAUAUAUGUGGAAAGUCGUUUUCUGAACACAGUAAGCUGACCCGCCACCGCCGUAUACACACGGGAGAGCGGCCGUUUCGUUGUGAUGAGUGUGGGAAGUCGUUUGCUUUACAACGUUAUCUAACACGCCACCUCCGUUUACAUACGGGAGAACGACCGUACCACUGUGACAUGUGCAAUAAGUCGUUUAGUCAGCAGAGCAGACUGACCAGGCACCGCCGUACACACACGGGAGAGCGGCCGUACCGCUGUGGUAUAUGUAAUAAGUCGUUUUCUGAUCCCAGUAAUCUGAUCAUCCACCGCCGUAUACACACGGGAGAGCGGCCGUACCGCUGUGAUAUAUGUGACGAAACGUUUGCCGUACAAAGUAGUCUGACCACGCACCGCCGUACACACACGGGAGAGCGGCCGUACAGCUGUAAUAUAUGCAAUGAGUCGUUUUCUGAAAGGAGUAAUAUGAUUCGGCACCGCCGUACACACACAGGAGAGCGGCCGUACCACUGUGAUAUAUGUGGCAAGUCGUUUUCGCUGCCAGGUACCCUGACCAACCACCGCCGUACACACACGGGAGAGCGGCCGUACCGCUGCGAUAUAUGUGACAAAGCGUUUUCUUUACAAAGUAGUCUGACCAGCCACCGCCGCACACAUACGGGAGAGCGACCGUACCGCUGCGAUAUAUGCAAUGAGUCAUUUUCUCAGCGGAAUAAUAUGAUUCGGCACUGCCGUACACACAUAUGAUAGCGGAUGCACUGCUGUAAGAUAAUUUGUGACAGGACACUUGACUACGUUUCCAUGGCACAAGUUAGAUCGCAAAAUUGAUUUUCUCGAGUAUAUCAUUUAUACAUCAUUUAAAACUGUAAAUAUAGGAUUAAGUGGUAACUAAAGCCAUAAAUAUACUCUUCUUUUUUGCAUAAGAUGAAUAGUAUCCAAGAAAAACGCACGUGAAAUCUCGCUACAUCGAUUUAGGCGUGUCAUGGAAACGUAGUGAUUUUCUCGUCAGACCUGACCCACCUUACCGAUGUCAUGCACGCUGAUGGGCCAGACGCUGUUGCACAGGCGUACCCACACCGCCGAGAAGGUGACACGAUGGUGCGGUACCGUUGAAAGCUCGGCCAAGCUCCGUACCAGGGUACGACCGCACGGCUGCCCCACCUGUGCGGUACGGUUCCCUCACCCAUCACGCCUCACCAUACACAUACGGACCCACGGUGUUGUACAGAAACGUGUAAAGAUGAUACAUUCUGGUCAUUUGUGAGACAACUGUGUUUUUUAGUGUACCUGGUGAAACAGUCAUUGCUUCCAACAUUACUGGAUGGAGAAAACGUUUUUGUCAUCGUCGGUGGAGAACUUGGGGAGAACUUGUCACUGCGUUUUAAAGGGAUCUUCACUGUUCAGUUUCACGCGCUGGACCGGGGCGGAUGGUGUGAAUUUAGAGGAUAUGUAAAAUUUAUAUAGAGAGAAAGAACAGGUAGAUAGGAAAGCGGGAGCAGGGAGGGAAAGGGAGAGUGACAGUAGCGGGAGAGCGCCGUACCCAGCUGAUGUAGGUGAUGUAGGACUAGUGUCUCCCAAGUCCGGACUCCAUGCACCCCAGGGUGCUUUGCGAGGCAGCUCCGGGCAUUUGCGCUCUGCUCAGUGCCUUGUUUAGAAAGUCACUCGACUCCGGUAGACUGCUCUCGGACUGGAAUACAGGCGAGAUAACUCCCAUCUAUAAGAAGAGCAAUAGCUAGAGGCCAGAGAGCUACCGGUAAAUCAGUCUCACCUCGAUCUCAUCUAACGUCAUAGAUCCAUCAUUCGCGAACGCCUUCUUCAGCAUCUUUCCGAUGCAGGGCUUCUCCAUAAGGCACAACAUGGCGUCACCCGAAGAGAUCUUGCUCGACCCAGCUGCUGGAGGUGAGUGAGAACUGGAGUGCCGCUUUAGUGGCCGGCAACCCAUUGAUAUCGCAAACUCCAGGAUUUGAUUCGGCAAAGCUUUCGAGAAAAUUAAGAAUUAAUAAAUUAACAUUUAAGUCAUUUCAUCCACAAAAGAAACGAAAUAUACCAUUCGAAAGCUGACGGUGAGCUGAUUCUAAAAAUGUAAUUUUUAUCAAAAUCGUACGAUGGCCUUUUUCAAAAAUGUUGUUUACAUAAACACGUCAUAAUUUUUAAGCAACGGGCGGUCAAGGACUUUCUUAAAAUCAUAGGCAUGGGUGGAGAAUCUGCCCCGGCCACCCCGGCCUUGGCCGGGGUAACUUUCAGUCUACCCCGGUUCCACUCGUAAAUCCUAAAAGCUGUCUCCAUACGAAAUAAAUUGCCACCUAUAAAAGUAUCUCUCAUUAUUCUUAUCUACCUUA